AGCACUGCAAUUACCAAAGUUCUCUCACUAGUUCUGUUUAAAAACACUCACUAACUACAAAAAAUUACGGAUUUGCACGAAACCCGACAAAAACAAAGGCACUGGAUUAGAAGCUAAGAAGGAAAUAAAGUUACAGGUGGCACCCUCCAGUAAUGCCAGCAGCAGCAGUCUUUUCCUGAACGAGCUCCCUCACUGCCAGGGACGAGCAAUGGGCGAGAAUGAGGACGAGCGGAGCAGUCAGGCUACCCAGCUCUUUGAGACAUUUGUUCGGGCCUCCACUUGUAAAGGCACCCUUCAGGCCUUCAGCUUGCUGUGCAGACAGUUGGAGCUUGACCCAACCAAUCAUGGAGGCUUUUAUAGCAGCCUAAAAGCAGCAAUUACCUCCUGGAAAGCCAAAGCACUCUGGACCAAGCUGGACAAAAGAGCCAGCCACAAGGAGUACAAGAAAGGCAAAGCAUGCCCAGAUCUCAGGUGUCUGAUCAUUGGCGCUGGCCCGUGUGGAUUGAGGACGGCUAUAGAGUUAGCCCUUCUUGGAGCUAAAGUAAAGGUCAUUGAAAAGAGGGACACCUUCUCCAGAAAUAACGUCCUCCAUCUGUGGCCGUACACUAUCCACGACCUCAGAAACCUUGGUGCUAAGAAGUUCUAUGGCAAAUUUUGUGCUGGAGCCAUAGACCAUAUCAGUAUUCGUCAGCUUCAGCUGAUCCUGUUGAAGGUGAGUCUCAUCUUAGGGGUGGAGGUGCAUGUCAACGUCGAAUUUCACAAACUUCUGGAACCACCUGAAGAACAAGACCGUGAUGGGACUGGAUGGAGGGCAGAACUUCGUCCUCUGGGUCAUCCUAUCUCUGACUUUGAAUUUGACGUGUUAAUAGCAUCGGAUGGACGGAGAAGCACACUUGACGGAUUUAAGAGGAAGGAGUUUCGGGGUAAGCUUGCAAUUGCCAUUACAGCCAACUUUGUGAACCGCAACACAACAGCAGAAGCCAAAGUGGAGGAGAUCAGUGGUGUGGCCUUCAUCUUCAACCAAAAGUUUUUCCUGGAGCUCAAGGAGGAGACUGGGAUUGAUUUGGAGAAUAUUGUGUAUUACAAGGACAACACACACUACUUCGUUAUGACUGCAAAGAAGCAGAGUUUACUGGAGAAGGGUGUGAUCAAACAUGACUACAUUGAGACUGAGAGACUCUUGCAUAGUGACAAUGUCGAUCAAGAGGCUCUUCUCUCAUACGCACGUGAGGCGGCUGAUUUCGGCACUAACUACCAGCUGCCAUCACUAGACUACGCCAUCAACCACUAUGGGCAGCCUGAUGUGGCCAUGUUCGACUUCACCUGCAUGUAUGCAUCAGAAAACGCUGCGCUCAUAAGAGAGAAGAACGGCCAACCGCUGCUGGUGGCUCUGGUCGGGGACAGUCUGCUCGAGCCCUUCUGGCCGAUGGGGACGGGAUGUGCUCGAGGUUUCUUGGCUGCAUUUGAUACUGCGUGGAUGGUGCAGGGUUGGGUUCAGGGAAAAGCCCCUGUGGAUGUGCUGUCUGAGAGGGAGAGCAUUUACCGACUGCUGCCUCAAACAACAGCCGAAAACAUCACCAAGAACUUUGAACAGUACACCAUAGACCCAGCGACCCGCUACCCCAACCUCAACUCUGCCUGUGUCCGACCACAUCAGGUUCGGCAUCUGUACAUUAAUGGGGAGCAGGACUCUGGAUCUUUAGAACAUGGUGGACCAACACGCAGAUCUGUUAAUAUUUCUAGAAGGGAGUCAGAGGUGCGGCCCAGCCGGCUGUUGCUGUGGUGUCAGAAGCAGACGCAGGGAUACAGAGGAGUAAAUGUUACUGACCUUACAACAUCCUGGAGGAGCGGCCUCGCCCUGUGUGCUCUCAUUCAUCGCCACCGCCCAGACCUCAUUGAUUUUGACUCCUUGAACGAGGCAGACAGCGCUAAGAACAACCAGCUAGCAUUUGAGGUGGCUGAGAAGGCUCUUGGCAUCCAGCCACUCAUCACAGGGAAGGAGAUGGCAGCAGAGCAGGAGCCUGACAAGCUCAUAAUGGUGCUCUACCUGUCCAAGUUCUAUGAGAUGUUCUGUAACUCCUCCCUGCCUCCUUUGGGUGCUCAGAAAGAAACGACUAAGAACAACGAUGGCUAUUUAUCAAAGCCCAACAACUCUAUUUACAACUUCAUAAACUCAACACAACCAAGGAAGCGCAUUCCAAAGGAUGACAAGAAGUCUGACAUUGAUAACGACAAAAAGAGAAGAAAAGCCUUCAGCUACUUGGAAGAGCUGUCCUGUCAGGGAGGUCUGAGCACAGAGGAGAACGGCGAGCACAAGGAGAAUAAGGUUCGCUCCAUGGCAACACGUCUCCAGGCCAAGUUUGAGGAGAACGCACCCAGCUCCACCCUGCGUCGACAGUCGGAGACUGAGUCUGAUUCUUCUUCUGCUGAAAAACCUCUUUCUUUGGACAUGACUGAAAACCCUCGCUUUGCUAAGCCCACAGUUCAGCCCCCUCCCCCACCCAAACCAAAGUGGCAGCCAUCUCCUUACUUAAGACUCCUUGAGUCUCAGAUCCAGCCUGGUCACAAACAUGUACGUGAUGACGUCCAGCUUCCUCACCAACACACUCAAGUCCACUCGGCUUACUCUCAAACGGCUGACCAUCCUGCUGAUCAGAUGUCAGAAGCCCACUUUACUUUGCAUUUCACGAAAACCCAGUCACACACUCAAGCUUCUAAACCUCAGUCUACCUCUCAGUCUCCCUCUCGGGCUUCAGAACCUCGAACCAGUUCUGCAUGCCUUUCUGUCUCAGCUACUCAGCUUGUGACUCUGAGCCAUGUCCUUCAAACCAGCCAACCUUCAGACACCUCUAGUUCCCCAGAACCCCUCCUCUCAUCCACAUUCGCUUUAGGAGGGAUGCUCCAACGGCUGCAGAUACUAGAGGAACAGAUCACUCAGAGAAGAGCUCAGACUGUAAGUGCUGGAGAGUUCAGUAGAAAGUCUAUAAGAGAGAGAGCAGAACAGCUCAGCUUCCUCUUCUCUGGAAAAGUUCCUCAGGCAGAUAGGUCUUGUCCUGCUGCUGUUAAACCCCUUUCAUCCCCCUCUGUCCCUGAGCAUUCGACCCUUUCCUGUGUGCUUUCUCCUCUUCCUUCAGAUCAGCACAAACAGUGUAAUGGACAUUCUGAGUCACAGCAAGCGACUCACGAUCACCACGAGUCAAAAAGUCAGUCUGAAAUCAAACGCAUAGAAUGCCUUGAUCCCUCCAAACAGAGGACAGUAGGAAAGGUUUCCUCUGUGAUAGGGGUAAAGGCUGCCACGCUGGCAAUUCUUUAUGAAACUGAUCACAGACCCAACAACCCACAUACCCUCUCACUGGGUAACCCAAGGAAGGAGUUUGCUUCAGGAAUGGGCGGCAGCGACACCUGUCACUUCUGUAAGAAGAGAGUGUAUGUGAUGGAGAGACUAAGUGCAGAGGGCUACUUCUUCCACAGGGAGUGCUUUCGCUGUGACGUCUGCAGUGCCACACUGAGGCUGGGCGGUCACGUGUUCGACCAGGGUAAAUUUUAUUGCAAGCUGCACUUUUCUCAGCGCAAAACCAGGCUCCGAAAACAAGAGGUCCACAGAGGUCACGUGUCCAUGCCUGAUAGCACCGAUGGCUACUCAUCCACCAGCAGCCUCAACAGACAUGCUUCAGAAGCAUUAGAGGUCUGUGCAUCGAACAAGACGGAGAACAACCACAUCCAGAAUGGUUUGGUGGACUGUGAGAGUAUGAGCGAGAGUUCAGCUGAUCCUCGGCUUUCAGAUCUUCCAGACCUCAUCAGCAACAGGGUUUGUGAUUCUGCUGUUCAGAAUCCUCCAAGGGAGUCACUUCCUCCAACCUCUACUCAGCUCAGUAAAGCAUUACCUCCGAUUUUGGUUAAGACCUACACCACUGAUCAGGCAGCAGGCGGAGACCCUGCUCCAGCAGAAGAAGAGGAAAAUUCUGACUUUGAGGAAAUAGAUGCACCUGAACCUGUGACGACGCCUAACACCCAGGAUUCAGACUCUCACUGCCCUCCACAGGACAAGCCAGAGAAACCAGACUUGGUUGAUUUUCCCCUCUAUCGCACUCAUGGAAUUAAAUCCUCCCUAAAACCCAGCACUGCCUCCACAGAGGAGCGUCCUGACGAUCAGACCUCUGUCAGCUCUAAAAAGAAGCUCACUCUGUCCUCUCUGGAGAAGGAGAGGCUGCUUAAUUGGGACCUGGCCACUCCCGGUCACUUUUCAGCCACUGCUAAAGCCGUAGAUCAAGUACUGAAGCACAGCCAGAGCAACGGAACACCUGAACAUCUGAGCAAACCUCAGAAGAAGCCAGAAGCUCAUCUGGAGCAGAGGUCAAUCCCCACUGAGGCAGACAACAGUGCUUCACUUUCAAACUUCCAGGUGUUGACUAGCUUCAUGAGGAGAUCUUUCACUGGAACAACGGACAAACCCAAAGUAAUCAGGAGGGACCUUCCCCUCAGAGCCAGGCCUCUGUCCGAGGGUUCUUUCAGCUUCGCCUCUGUGUAUAACGGAGCGGAGAGCGGAGAACAGGAACAGAUGCGCUCAAGAGCAGCUACUGGAGAAAGCCGGACCAGAAGGAGUGAGAUCACCGCCAUGCUGGAGCAGGUUACGAUUAGCAACAGGCCAUCAGGGGCUUCCAAAGAUGACAUGGCCUCACUGCCACCGAGGAAGCUCAACUUCUUCUCAUCUAUGCGGCUGAAGAGGAAAGAAGGAGCGGACAAGGUCAAGACGGACAACCAGGAAAAAGACAUCUGGACCGUCCUCUCCAAAUUACGAAGUAAAGGCUCUUCGCAGCAGCAACUGGAAGAUGAGGAUUAUUCUUCCAGUGAAGAAGACCAGGAAUCCAACUUUUUCAGGUCUAAUGCCGAGAGACGGAGGAAGCAGCAGGAGAAAACCUUAGUCCUGCAAACCAAGAGAGAUCAGCUGAAGCGUCUUCAUAGGGCUCAGAUGAUCCAGAGGCAGCUGGAGGAGGUUGAGGAGAAGCAGAGGGUUUUAGAGGAGAGGGGUGUAGUGCUGGAGAAGGUCCUCAGAGGAGAAACUGAGGACAAGUCUGAAGAUGAGGGGGGGGCACUCCUGCAGACGUGGUUUAAACUGGUUCUGGAAAAGAACAAACUAGCAAGAUAUGAAUCAGAACUCAUGAUUUUUGCUAAGGAGCUGGAGCUGGAGGACAGACAGAGUCGACUGCAGCAGGAUCUUAGACGUCAGAUGGCCAGUAAAGACUAUAAAAAGAACUCUGGGGACACAGUGGAGGAACAAACUCUGCUGGCGGAGGUGAUGAAGGUGGUGGAGGAGAGGGAUCAGUUGGUGAGCUUGCUUGAGGAACAGCGGCUGCAGGAAAAAGCAGAGGACCAUGACCUUGAGAGUCUCAUCCUCUCCAAGGGUUAUCAGUUUCACUGGACCUAAGAGAGAGCGUCAUUCAUGAGGAAAGAGAGAAUCUCUGCUGGACGUUCUGUCUGAACAGGACGCGUGAAGGUUUUUAUGCUGUUAAGACGAGCUGCAGACAGACAUCACGUCAUCCAUUCCUACCGUCAGAAGCACUGACUGAAACAACUCACUUUCUUUUCACCAGGGAGUGACAUAAAGAAUCCUUACUGCCGAUAAAAGAAUGAUCUGAAGUGCCUCGUUCUGAACCACAUGAUGGGUUAUUUUUGUUUUUAUAACUUUUACAUUUAUUAAAUUAAAAUUAGCACUAAACCACUUUACACUGGAAGAACAAGCUGUCUCUGUAGUGAUAAAAAUAGUUGAUUUUCACAAGGGUGCAAUAAUAAUGAAUAAUAAUGUAUGUGUUGUUGCUCUGUUUUGUUUGUGUUUGAAUGUAAAUCUUAAUGGUAAUUGGUUUUUUGUGUUCACUCAGUCUGUAAUUAAUUUAUAAUCUGAAUGCAGCCAAAUGUUGCACAGUUUCACUGAAUAAAGGCAGCAAGCAUUCCUUGCUAAUGUUUGAUUUUAAAA